AUGGCGGCGGCAACGCUAGAAUUAUCAUCAGUAUUGUUGUUGUUGUUGUUCAGUUACGAAUCUGGGGUAUUGGAGGAUCCCGCUGCCAUUCCACCGGCGGGCAUAUUUAAAAUGACACGAGACUUAGCAAAGGCUGAUGAUUAUGCGAGCGUUUUGGAUAUACAUUUUGAAAAAGGUAAUUCUUCAUUUGAUUCAUUUCUCCCCAUAGGAUUGCCUGUUUCUUUACGAAUUCCAAAUGGUCGCGAAAUGGCUCUUCAUGUAAACGAUCCCCUUGUUAUCGUAGAAACAUUAAACAAACUAGGCAGCCAGCAUGGGAUUGGCAGAAUAGACAUAGUUGAGAAUCGUUUUCUUGGAUUGAAGAUGAGACUUAAUCACUUAGCUUCCAGAGGUUUGUAUGAAACUCCGGCUGGCACCGUAUUACAUGUGGCGCACGUUGAUUUGGAAGCAUUCACCCUCGACAGAGAAGUACUGAGAGUGAAAAAAUAUCUACAAGAUAAAAUGGCUGAUUUUGUAUAUAAUGGAUUUUGGUUUUCACUAGACAUGUCGUUUACAAGGAAAUGCCUGGAACUAUCCCAGGAGUCUGUUACUGGAACUGUUACCGUUCAGUUAUUCAAAGGAAACUUUACCGUUCUGGCAAGAAAAAGUCCAAACAGUUUAUACAACAAGGACCUGGUGUCCACGGAUAUCGCCGGAGGCUUUUCUCCUGAAGAUAGGACCGGUUUUAUCAAUAUUAACGCAAUUCGCUUGAAGGAAUUCGCAAGAUUAUCCAAUCUGAAAUAAAUAUAGAUAAUGGCUU